UUUAAGGAGUUGGGCUGGUAGUGACUGCGCAUGCUGAGAAGGCCGCCCGCGCUGGCAAGCCCGCGCAGGCUCAGACCCCCCCCCCCGCCCCCCGAGGCGAAGAGCCGGGCAGGGCCGCGGGGAGGGAAUGGAAGAGCUUGGGGGCGGGGUCGGAGGUCAACACAAUCUCUUCCAGGCCACCGAGGCACGGUCCUUACCUGAACACCAAGAUGACUUUCUCCCUGGGUAUCAGAAAUUUCUGCAUGACUGAGACGGCACCUGUGAAAGGAGGCAACGAUGUAGCUCCGAAGGGCAUGGGCCGCUUCUUCCAAGAGUUAGCUGAGGAGGAGCGUGAGGGCGCCAACCGUCUCUUUAAGAUGCGAAACCAGUGGAGCGGCUGCCCCUUCCUUCAGGACUGGCAAGAGCUGUCCCAAGAUGGGUGGCGUGGCAGCGUGGACGCCAUGGAAGCCGCCAUGGCCUUGGAGAAGAACCUGAACCAGGCCCUUUUGGAUCUGCAUGCCCUGGGUGCCGCCAACGGAGAUCCCGGUCUCUGUGACCUCCUCAAAAGCCACUUCCUAGAGGAGGAGAUGAAAGUCAUCAAGAAGAUGGGCGACCACCUCACCAACCUCCGCAGGCUGGCUGGCCCUCAGGCCGGGCUGGGUUGCUACCGAGAAUACUGAUGAUGACAUCAUACACUGACCCUGUCUAUGAAGCCUCUCAAGAGAAAUUUCUUUCUGGUCUCAGUAUUGCAAAUAACAGUUCUUUGCCUGGGUAAUUGAUUUGUUUUUGUUUUGUGGACACUGCAAAUGAUUAAGUUUCCUUUUCUGACUGCCUGUGAGAAAGCUUAGAGCCAAAUUUGUGGUCCACCCGGUGUCAAUGAGUAGGAUUGUAUAAGCAUUUCUACAGAAGCUUCAUUUCUGCCUCUUCUGUCACUAAUUUCUUGGUAUAUUUUAUGGUUUCUUUUAAGCCACCUUAAACCAUUUCUAGAACAAGGUUGUGUGUAAAUAGAUAAAUAAACUUUAAAAAUGCUGAUUGAAAAA